UGACUAAGGUAAACGGGAAGUCAUGUGAUUGUCAAAAUGGACGACUUUCAGCAGAAAGUUACUUGUUUUUCUGCAAUUUGCGCGGGUUUUCUUGCCUAGUAAGGCUGAGAGAUAAAAAUCAACGCCCGGAAUAUAAAGAGAGCUCAAAUGGCAGAAGCGACUGUGAAGGAGUCUAAGGCAGGCACCCCUUCACCGGAAAGUGGUCUGACCCAUUUUGCACCCUUGACUCCACUGGAAGAGAAUCAGACCUCUUCGUUUUCGCUGUCGAGGUUGUUUCGUAGGAAAGGGUCUAGUGAUUCUACCAAAGAUGACAAGGAUGCCAAGAAGAGACAACAAGCUUCGGUUAAGUCGAGUCGUCCCGCCAAGUCGACCAUCCCAACGAUCAAGGAGUCGUCCAAGGAACCGACAGGACACAGCCACAAACAGGUCCACCGCAAACGCACGACAGAAGGGAGAGUCGGCAGGCAUGGGGCUGUUAGUCCGGCUCACAGACUCAGGCCUGAGGAUCAUCGCAGGAGGACCGUGUCCCUCAGGGAGUCCACAGAGAUGGCAAACAGAGGCAACGCUGUGGAGAUUAGGACGCUCCCCAGUGUGCUGAAGAGACUGGUUGCAAUUCUUGAUGGAAGAAUCAAGGUGGGCAAGGAGUACAAAGACCCAGGUGACCUGAAGCAGUACUGGAUGCCUGACAGUCAGUGUAAGGAGUGUUACGAGUGUGGGGACAAGUUCAACACCUUCCGCAGACGGCACCACUGUAGGGUGUGCGGACAGAUCUUCUGUAGCCGCUGUUGCAAUCAGCAAGUCCCAGGAAAGUUCAUGGGUUAUACAGGUGAUGUUCGUGUCUGUACGUACUGUUGCAAGGUGGUAUUGAGUUACGCCCAGACCGUAGAUGGGAAUGGGGACCUUAAGGCGAUACGUGAGGAUCUGAAAAACUUGACGGAGUCGCACCUCUCAACGUCAGGCUCCUUCACGUGGUACGAUGCGUACCGGGAUGACGGGACACCGAAGACAUUGAGGAAAAGGGUCUCGCCUCGGCCUUUAGAGGAGGAAGUUGGACGGAGAAGCUCCUACCCCCACGACAGACGCUACAGCGCGGGAUCGGACGCCAACCUGUGGGUCCCCGCAGCUUACAUGGGCCGCCGCAUCUCCCAAAUCCUUUUAGACUUGUCCCCAAGACCCUCCAGGGUGGAGAUAGACUUGUCCCACAGCGGGGAGUCUCUCCCCCUCAUCCCGUCAGGGCUUCGUCGCCGCCUGUCACUUAAGUUUGCUAGCAAAGAUGAUGACGACAGUAAACUCAGGUGUAACAGUACAAGCAGUGAUGUGACCUCGUCGCGUGACAACCUGAACAUCUUUGACACGGCCAACGCUCCUGGUGCCAAGUACAUGCAGUCUGACACACUUCUCAUGGAGGAGGAGAGAAACAAGCUGUUACAGGAUUCUGUGCAACUGCGUGACCUGUGGCUCCAGAUCCAGCAUCCAAGCCAGGGUAUGGAAUUCCAGAACCACCGCUACCGGCUGCGCACCUACACCAACUGCAUCGUGGGAAAUCAGCUGGUGGACUGGCUGAUCAAAAGGGACAAAGCAACAUCCAGAGUGCAGGCAGUUGUGCUUGGUCAGGCCCUGCUGGAUGCCAAGUGGCUGGAGUGUGUGACCCACACUGACCAGAUCUUCAGAGACGAGUACUCUCUGUACAGGGCUGGGGAGAUGGCGAACCAUGAGUUGGAGAGUCCAUCCCCGAGCACGGAGACUGGUGACACGCCCACCAUGGAGGACGAGUGGGAGCCGUCCUGGUUCCGCGAGAUCCAGCGGGACGACAGGAGCGAGGACAGCAGCGCCGACGAGAUGCUGCUCAUCGACAAACCAGCAGAAGCUCCAGUCGCCCAAAUAGCCAUAGAAUAUGACGGCAGCCAUGAUGAUGAUGAUGAUGAUGAUGUCACACAGUCAGAUGGUAAAAAAUCUUCGAAAUACAAGAAGACGAGUAAAGAGACCCUUCCUGCAGCCAAGAAGCCGGUGGACUCACACUCUGAGUCCUCAGAAGAAGGAAGAAGACAGGCGACAUUUUAUCUCGAUCUUAAACCAGACAAUGUCAACUUCAGGGUCAAGAAAACCAGCAAGGUUGCCUCCAGUGCAGAAGCUGAAAAAGACAAGGACUUGUACAUAUCAGUCUUCCCAACCCUAUCUGGAAAGUACGUGAGUGUGAACUCCCAGGACUCAAACCUGGACUCAUCACAGUCAAGUCUUGGGGACGACCUACUCAAAGAUGCCUUGUUCCUGGGUAAGGAGACCCCCUCCCCUUAUGAAGUGGAGGCUCCCCGUGGCUGGCAGAUGUGUGACUCACUCCGCGAGGAGAAUGGGGAGAGACUGGCCAUGAAACGACUCUGUUCUGCCCAUGACCAGCACACUGUGGCGUUUAUAAAGCAGCUGCUCCACGAGGAGUACCUGUCCCUGUGGUGGAGUGACAUCAUCAUGCCUCUGGUGCGACAGAUCAGUGAGACGGUCCGCCCUGACGUCAGGCACGAGAACGACAACAUGGACAUCAGGCAAUACGUCAAGUUCAAGAAGAUCCCUGGUGGCCAUCGGUCAGAUUGCUGCUUUGUCAAUGGAGUUGUGUGUACUAAAAACAUUGCACACAAGAAGAUGUCCCACCACAUCCUGAACCCCCGUAUCCUGAUGGUGAAGGGAUGGAUCGAUCACCAGCGCUCAGAGAACAGACUCGCCUCCAUAGAUCCUAUAGUCUUACAGGAGAGAGAGUACCUGAAGAACUGUGUUGCUCGUAUCACGUCCCUGAACCCCCGGCCUGACAUACUGCUGGUGGAGAAAACCGUGUCUCGUAUCGCUCAGGACCUACUCCUGGAGGCUGGCAUCACUCUGGUACUCAAUGUCAAACCUGAGGUAAUGGACAGGAUUGCUCGAUGUACCCAGGCUGACUUGAUCCCAUCCAUUGACCAGGUGGCCAAGCCCACACUUGGCUUCUGUCACAGGUUCUACCUACAAAACCACCUCAUGCACUCAGGUGACAACAAGACACUGAUGUUCUUUGAAGGAUGUGCCUCACACCUGGGCUGUACUGUUGUGCUGAGGGGAGGGUCUGAUAUUGAACUCACUAAGGUGAAGCAGAUAAUGCAGUUCAUGGUGUACAUGUGUUACCAUUCUCGCCUGGAGAUCUCUUUCCUGAUGGACGAGUUUGCCAUGCCCCCUGCCCAGCCAGACGUAAAAGGCAGCCCUCCCCACUCAGCAAUCACCGAGCGCAGCAAACACAGGGACAAACAUGCUGCAAAGGGGCAGGAUAAGGAAGAAAAAUCCUCCGAGAAAGAGAAGCACGCAAAGAUGCCUUUGAAAGAAGUUGUAGUAGGAAGCCCGGAGGAGGAAUCGCCCAUGGAGACAAACAUCCAAGCCGAUUUCGCACAUCCGCUGCAGCGGAACUGGCGCUCGGCGAGCUAUGUCGAAAUCGGAGACACAGAGACGCAGCUUUCCUCCCUUAUUUCUCAGUUCGAGGCCGAGGCGUCAAAGCGCAAACUGUGUACGUCACCGUUCCUACGACACGACAUGCCGUACCUGUUAACGGAUGAAGGCAACCGCUGUGUCCUGAGGAAGUACUUCCCAAUCCAGGUCUUCUGGUCGGGCCGGUUUGAACUCACUCCAGAGCGUGAGAAACAACUCGAGCGGGAACGCUCGAAACUCUACGAACUUGAACCCAUGCGAGGGAAAGAGAACUCUCUCCAUUUCAACAGUAGAUAUUCAACGUCAGGCGUCAACAUCGUUCCACCCCACGCCUUCCUAAGUGGACCGCUCAAAGACCCGAUCACCAACCAACAGACAGCGUCACUUCUCGCUGAGUUCCGUGCACUUGGCGGCAGGCUGCAAGAAAACAAGAAGCAAGGAAAGAGGAAGAAUGGUUUAAAGAAUGGCAAGAGGAAAGAAGCAAGGAGCUAUGAACAAAGCCUUGAUGUGGUCAGCUUGGCCAGUAACACCAGCACUGGAUCAGCUGUGGUGUGGGAGCAGAAACGUUUGGAGUCCUGGGUUGUCCUGGGGGAUCACCAGGCCCUGUCAGACAUGACUUUACCCAAUCAGACUGAGGUGGACUGUAUGGACCCCAGGAAUCACCAGCACAUUUCAGUUCUCUUCAGUAGCUUCUCUUCAGCAUCAGCCAAUGCUCCCAACCCCUGUGUCAGCCCAUGGGUUGUGACCAUGGACUUCUACGGGAAGAACGACAUCACCCUUGGUGCGUUCCUGGAGCGGUACUGUUUCCGCUCAGUGUACCAGUGUCCCAGCGAGACGUGUGACACCCCCAUGGUGGAACAUGUGCGCAGGUUUGUCCACGGACAGGCCAGUAUUGAGAUCACCAUGCAGACACUGGCCAGUCCCAUCCCUGGUCAGCACAAUAACAUACUGCUCUGGAGCAUCUGUGCCAUAUGUAAACAGGUGACGCCCAUCGUGCCCAUGUCGGUGGAGUCCUGGUCCAUGUCAUUUGCCAAGUACCUGGAGCUGCGUUUCCAGGGUAGCCGGUACACGCGCCGCGCCGCCAUGCAGAACUGCGCACACUCCCACCACCUGGACCACAUCCAGUGUUUUGCCUACAGACACUCUGUGGCUUCCUUACAGUACCAUCUAGUAACCCUGUAUGAGAUCGCCCUGCCCCCAAUGCUGGUGGCUAUCCAGGAGAAGGGACACGACCCCGACACAUUCUUUGACCAGAUCAAAGAUCUUGCUGAAAAAGGUCAGAAGCUGUAUACAGCCAUCAAGGACAGCAUAGAUCGCAUCAUGGCUCUCAAAGUCGACUCCUUUUCACAUGAACGAGAGGAACAGAUCGGCUCUCUCCAGGCACAGGAGGAGAUGGAGUUCAGCCAUUUCCAGCGCUGUUUGGAGCAGCUGAACAGUCGAGUUGUGUCAGUCUUUCAGGAGGAUGAGAACGGAGAUGUCUCCACUUCCUUUGAUGGCCCCCUGUUGAUGUGGGAUGUGGUGGAUGCCAUAGUGAACCUGAAGCGUAUGCUGAGUGAAGCCUCCUCCACUUGGAACGCCAGGCUGCAGGACUUUGUUCACCAGGACAGGAACAAGAAGUCCAAAAGCCCCAUCCUCAGGAGCAAAGAGCUGGCUGUCGACUUUGCCAACCAUAGCAACACCUCGUCUCCAAAAACACCAGGACAAACCCCCAGAGGGAGUCAGGAAGACCUUCUGUCUGCUACUGAUGAAGAUGCGCUGGUGAUAGCAGAAAAUUACUACAAGGCUGAGGAAGAUGAGUCGGACAUGUCCACAUCAGCUGUGGUCAACUCCUCCCAGUCAGAAGAUAACAGUGAUGCCAGUGCCCUACAGGGUGCCGACCCUGGCAGCUUUGUAGUUUGCAGCAUUCCAGAGGACACAGUCAGCCAGUUUGAAGCAGAUGCAUCUGAGGAGGUAGAUGCUGUACAAGACAGGAAAAACAGGGAGCAGGAGUCAAGGUCCAACUCGUGGAAAAGGAAACAAUCAACUCAAGAUUCGGAGAAGAGAACUGUGAAGACACUCAUCGCACAACUCCUGCCAGGCUACAGUCUACAGCCUCUCCCCAUGGCGUUCUCCCCAGACAAACAUUACCUGCUGCCAGUUUGUGAGAAGGUGCCAGUUGUUGUGUAUGACCAGGAACCCAGCUCUAUUAUUGCAUAUGCCCUCAGUUGUAAGGACUAUGAGAGUCACAGAAUGGAAGCCAAGAAGCAGUCGUCAGAAGAGAAGGAUCCACUACAAGUUAGUGUUACUCCAGUCUCCAAACCUACCAAAGGUGGAGACAAAGUGCCAACCACGGCCUCUCUGGACUCCACACCUGAAGUGUCCGGCACCAAAGGUGUGCUGUCCUUCUUCCGAGGGAAACACACCCCUGAACAAGUCUCACCCAACACCAGGAGGAAGAAGGAGAAACAGUCGGGUAACCUGGCUGGGAUGGACAGUGUACACUACAACCCUUCUUCAUCAGACAAGGACUCUUUUGAAGAAUCAGGUUACGAUGACACAGAUUUCCCAUUGUUUGGCAAGGAUGUACUAGAGAAGGGCAAGAAACAGGCACCGUCACCUCACAUAGAGCUGCAGUUCCAAGAUGACAAAGCCAAGUUCUUCUGCAGAGUUUAUUACGCUGAACAGUUCCGGAAACUUCGGAAAACGAUAUUUCCUGACGGAGAGGAGCGCUACAUCCGCUCGCUGUCUCGCUGCUUCAGUUGGACAGCAAAGGGCGGCAAGUCUGGAUCAACCUUCUGUAAAACUUCAGAUGAACGUUUCAUCCUGAAGCAGAUGUCUCGACUAGAAGUGCAGUCCUUUGUAGAGUUUGCUCCACACUACUUCCAGUAUAUACAGAGGGCACAUGCAGAACAGCACCCAACCUGUUUGGCUAAGAUCUUGGGUGUGUACCGGAUCGGCUACAGGAACUCCCAAACCAACGCCACACUCAAACAGGACCUGUUGGUCAUCGAGAACCUCUUCUAUGGCAGGAAGAUGGCACAGGUCUUUGAUUUGAAGGGGUCCAUGAGAAACAGGCAUGUCAACAUUUCCAGCAAAGAAAUGUCCUGUGACAUUGUGCUACUGGAUGAGAACCUUCUGAAAAAGGUGCUUGAUGAGCCCCUGUACAUCCGGCCCCACUCUAAGACAGUUCUGACCCGAGCCAUCACGUACGACACCCAGUUCCUAUCCAGCCACCUGGUCAUGGACUACUCCCUCCUGGUCGGCGUGGACGAGGUCACCAACGAGCUGGUCGUCGGCAUUAUCGAUUACAUCCGUACCUUCACCUGGGACAAGAAGCUGGAAAUGGUGGUCAAAUCAUCAGGGAUUCUGGGUGGACAAGGUAAGAUGCCGACGGUGGUGUCUCCAGAGCUGUACCGUACGCGGUUCUGUGAGGCCAUGGACCGGUACUUCCUUGUCGUGCCUGACCGCUGGACUGGACUCAGCAUCGGCGGGCAGUGUUAGAACAGGCUGCAAUACCACGCACAGGUGCUGCAACAAACUGUUCUUCAUUUGUUUGUUUGACAAUGUUUGUUACAGUAACUGUAAACCACUUUUUAUUCGCGAUAGCAAAAUUUUGUGGUCUGAGAAAAACACGACAUGUUUGCAGAACUAUAUGUUCGUGGUGGCAGCAGGUGCAGAAGAAAGAAAGUUUGCAAAUUAGUUUGUUUGCGGUAAUUACGGAAGUGAACAAAAAAACGCAAAUAUAAAAAUGCCGCGAAUAUAAAGCAAUUUACAGAAUUAUGUGCGGCUGUCCUGAAACAUGCAGCUGAUGGAGGACUGUAACUACUUCCAGUUGUGUUCACGUUGGCAUUCAGAAGGACAGCAAAGCUGGGAUUUGAACCAGUGACCUUGCGAUUCAGACAAGAUUGCUAGCCAAACAUUUUACUAGGUGACUGUACUAUGUAGUACAGUACUUCAGAUACAUAUAGGUAAACUGAAAGCAGGCCAUUUUAAAAGGACUAGGACAAAAAUUAUAAGUCCUGGUACUGCCAUAGCAUGAUAUUGUUAAGUUCUGACAUUAUUCCCAUUUACAUGUACCACACGAUACAUGUGUAUUUAGAUCUUUGGGGGAAAAUAAGACGUACAUGUACUCAGAGAGAGAUGGAGUGGAAGUACCCUGAAAAAGAUAGGCUGAAUGAAUCUCAUAUCAAUCUUGCUCAUAAAAUUAUUUGGUAAAUUCAAUGAAAUUCAAGCCAUGUGAAACAUAAUCUAAUCUUACAGUUUACACUUUGAAAGUUUGGCUACAUAAAUCUAAUUGUAGACAGUGAUAAUGAAUUAACACAGUAUCAAUAAGUAUAAGCAAUUUGUAAGCUAAACAGUGCUGCUGAAAUAUUAAUAUUGUGCCUUUCAUUUUGUUCUGCUAGUAUUAUUUCUAGUCCUAAACUGUGCAAUACCAUGUAUGCAAAUGUAUGCAGAAUAUCAUUGUGUAAUACAUAUGAUCAUGUAACUUUGUAUACUGCUUAAUAGCAGGAAUAAGCCUUGAUUGUUCAAAGUAUACAUAUAGUUGUAAAUUUCUAGUUGAAAAGACUUGAGUGUGUGGACCAAGUUACUUAGGGGCAGGCCUCCACAUUUGCAGAACAGGGACCCACAAAAUAGAGUUUUUUUUACUGUAACAGUGAUUGCAUGUGUCAGACUCAAACUAGGCAUCUUCCUUUCUUCUUGAAGUCUAGUUAAUUUGCAUGAAGGAAAAUCGUGAAUUAUCAUGAAAGAGACAUGAAAAGUUGUCAGGUGAAGUACCAGUGUGACAUAUUCGUAAGAUCUGGCAUGUUAACACCCUUAAAGGUAAAUCAGAGUUUGCAGAUGGUAAACAGGAAAGAUUCAGGUAAAUCAUUUGGUACAGUUCACAUUCCAAAUGCAGUAGACCGAUGUCACAUAAUACAUCAUGAAAUUUUAGCCUAUAUAUACUGUAAUUCAGAUAAAAUGGUGCUUAGAAAGGCCAUGGUGUAACCUGCUAAAAUGUUGAACUUGUAAAAUCUAGCAUGAAAUGGAACCCCUUAGUUAGGAGUGAACUUCUUUGCAAAUGAGAUAAACGAAACUUGGCCACCUAGAAUUGAUAAUAGGGGAGAUUGUUGCUUUUUAAAAUAUUUUUGUUGAUUAAGGCUUAAUAUAUUUAUAGAUAAUUUUAUUUCCAGGGUUGAAAAUUGCUACAUGUAAGAUAAACCCAGAAGUCAAUUUGCAAUCAGUAUAUACUGUAGUGACAGUCUGUAUGAUAAGUCAAGACAACAGUCGCAUGAAUAUGUUGCAUAUUUGUAUUUUUUCUAACAGGUAAUGUCAGUUACAAAUUCAUAGAAAACUGUACAAAGGCAUUCAAAAGCUGUAACAAUAUAUUGUGCCAACA